CUUUCCCCUUAAUCGGUGGAGGUGCAACAGUUAUCGGUCGUCCCGAAGCCGGGUUCAUCCGACACCCUCACCAACCAAGCUGAACUGAGCUCAACCUCUACAGCAGCAACAUGCCUCCCAAAUUCGACCCCAACGAGAUUAAAAUCGGUAUGUUUUCGGGUAAUAAAUGCAGCCGCUUGUUGACUGAGACGGAGCCGCUGUGUCCCGGUGUCCUCCGCGCCUUGUGGCCUUCGGGCCGUGGCAUGAAAACGUGUACAUGAGGUGCACAGGAGGCGAAGUGGGAGCUACAUCAGCCCUGGCCCCUAAAAUUGGACCUCUGGGUCUGUCUCCCAAGAAAGUUGGUGAUGACAUCGCCAAGGCAACCGGAGACUGGAAGGGUCUGAGGAUCACGGUGAAGCUGACUAUCCAGAACAGGCAGGCCGCAAUUGAGGUCGUUCCAUCAGCAUCUGCUCUGAUCAUCAAAGCACUGAAGGAGCCUCCUCGUGACAGGAAGAAGGUCAAGAACAUUAAGCACAGCGGCAGCGUGACCUUCGAUGAGAUCGUGGGCAUUGCUCGUGUCAUGAGGCCUCGCUCCAUUGCCAGGGAACUCUCCGGAACAAUCAAGGAGAUCCUGGGAACUGCUCAGUCUGUUGGCUGCACAAUUGAUGGUCGUCUUCCACAUGAUGUCAUUGAUGACAUCAACAGUGGCAAACAGGAAUGUCCCUCUGAGUGAACAGGAAGCCGUUUGAAAUAAAGUGAUAAAAACUGA